AAGAAAACCAUUAUUUUUUCCAAAUCUUAAAUUUUUACAGUGCAAAUAUCUUACUAGAUGAAGAUUUUACUGCCAAAAUAUCUGACUUUGGCCUUGCACGGGCUUCUGAGAAGUUCUCACAGACAGUCAUGACUAGCAGAAUUGUGGGCACAACAGCAUAUAUGGCACCAGAAGCUUUGCGAGGAGAAAUAACACCCAAAUCUGACAUCUAUAGCUUUGGUGUGGUUUUACUAGAAAUAAUAACUGGACUUCCAGCUGUGGAUGAACUUCGUGAACCUCAAUUAUUGCUUGAUAUUAAAGAAGAAAUUGAAGAUGAAGAAAAGAUAAUUGAAGAUUAUAUUGAUGUGAAGAUGAAUGAUGCUGAUUCCACUUCAGUUGAAGCUAUGUACUCUGUUGCUAGUCAGUGUCUGCAUGAAAAGAAGAACAAGAGACCAGACAUUAAAAAGGUUCAACAGCUGCUGCAAGAGAUGACAGCUUCUUAAAACUGUUGGGAUGGAGACUUGGUUUAUUAUAUACAGCUCUCUAAACCAUUUUUACACUAUUUUUCCUAAAUGUUCUUCUUUAUCUUUAACAACACAUCAUUGCAGUAGUUAGUAAAGCAUGUGCUAAACCUCCAACAUACAAAACAAAUGAAACUAAGCCAGCAUAUAGACACUUAGCUCUGCUCACCUACUGUCAACCUCAGUUUCCACUGUAAUCUCCUCUGAACACCAUCAAACACAGCUAGAAAACUACAAGAUUUGCAAAAAAAGCAAAUGAGCAGAGUGGAAAUAUCCUCGUUUGAAGCUUGGCUGUCCUCACUACUAAUCUGCUGCAAAGCUUCGAUCCAACUUGUAGUUCUCUUGAGCCUUGUUUUUCAUUUUUCCUUCUAUCACAUUGGCAUAAUACAUGCCAUGCCUCCUUGAGAAGAACUCAUGAAAAUCAAGUGAUGCAAAAUAUACAUAAGCAUUUUGUAAAUAAUAAAGUGACAUUUAAAGUUUAUAAAUAUUAGUUUAUUACAAUCAGAUGUUUAUAGGAUCAUGUUCACAGCAUGCUAAUUUCAACAAUCAUUUACCACAAACCAAGUAUCCCUGAAUGAUACUCCUUUGAUGAUAUGGCUUUUAUUUGAUUAUAUUACAUCAGAGUUGAAGGGAUUUAUCAGACACAAGAACAGCUCUAAUCAGCUGACUACCAAAAGAGAGGAAUGGUCUGAAUCAAAUCAAGUGAAGUCAGAGAAGAUUCUUCUGUGAGGCUUGAAGAAGUAAAGUGCCCUGUUUGGAGAAAGCUACAUUGUCUAAAACCUAAGGGCAACCUCUAGCAGAUGAGAGCUGCCCUCUAGCUUUCAGCCAGCAGGAAGCAAAUGGGACCAUAGUUGUAUGACACAAAGAGCUGAAUUCAUUCUUCCAACAACCUGCAAGAAUCUACAAAACUACUGCAACCUGCAGAUGAUGCUACUGCCCAGCUGAUACCUAGAUUUCUCCUCUGUGAAACCCUCAGAAGGAUAACCUGCCUGAAGCUGUACCUGGACUUCUGAUGUACAGAACUGUGAGAUAAUAAAUGAGUUCCAUUAAGCCACUGAGUUUGUGGUAAUUUAUUAUGCAGCAAUAGAAAAUAAAUACAGAGGCUUCCGUGAUGGUUUCCCUGUGAUAUCAAAGGUGCUCCCCACAGUCAUGAGUGUGGAGAAAAGACAGAGUAAGUACAUCAGUGAGUUGUCAUGUACUGACUGGAUUUCUCAUUGCAUCAAGCCUGUUCUUUAUAUGUUUGAUUUACCAUCAAGAAACAGACCUUCAAUAAUUGUGAUGAAUUGAUUUUUAUGACUAUUAACUAUUUCUUCUACAUUUAAAAUUAUUGGUUUACAUUAUUUGUAAAUUCAUUUUAUAACUUUGAGUGAGCAGAAGACAGGAAUUUACCUAAUCAUAAAAAACAACUGGUAACAAAAAGACCAUACAUAGGAAUACCUAGUGUCUACGAUUAUCCAUCCAGCAGUCUUUAUGUUACCAGCUCUUAAAUUUCACAUUCAGAACAAGCAUGCAGAAAGCAAGCUGUAGCAGAAAAUGACCAUCCUCUGUAACAUACAGUUUAGAUCUACCUAAAUGCUUUCCUGGGAAACAAAGGUAGACCAUCUUUCAAAUCACUUUUAUAAAUUAAGUAUGUAAGCCAAAAGAAACAUUUGUUAAUUGAAAAAGGAGAAUAAAUAAAAUUACUUUGCCCAACUUUAUCUCAAUAGGAAACAGCAUAAUUUGAGGCACAGGGCUGGAGGUGUGGCUCAAGAAGUACAUCUGCCCAGCAAACAAGAGGCCCUGAAUUCAAACCCCAGCACUGGGGCUAGUGGAAUGGGUCAAACAGUAAGAAUGCAUGCCUAACAAAGCAAGCCUCAAAAAUAUAAAGAAAUUGAAAUAACCCCCUGCAUUCUAUCUGAUCACAAUGAGGUAAAACUAGAACUCAACAAAAAAAGCAGCAGCAGAAAACACUCAUAACAAGUGGAGACUGAAGAACACAUUGCUCAAAGA